GCUUUCGACGUCGUAUCCAAGGACGUGGGUAAUGCAGCCUUCGGCGCCGAUGGCAACUUGAAGGUCGUCAAUGAUGUCGAAGGGGCCAUCGUUCAAGACGGCGACAAAGUUCCCCCUCUACAAAUCCCACUCACUCUGAUCCCUGCUGCCCUUCAGUACCUCGACCUGCCACCGGAUGACCCCGAAAUCUGCUCAAUCUUCCGAAACGCUGCAUCCGGUUGGAGCUCCUCUUCGCCAAAUAUACGCCGGAACGAAGAGUAUGUCAGUCGUGAUGAUUGGCGCGCUGUGUGUGCGGUCCUUCUUGAACAUGAUGACGGGGAUGAUGAGGACCCAUUAGAUUCAUUACCUAGGGCUCAAAUACCAGGGUCCUGUGAGGAGGACGACGAAGAAAGUGGCUCCUGCCGUGAAUCUGACGAUGAUUCAGCAGAGUCUACAACUGGCGACCUCGAUGGCGAAUACAUUGAGGGAGAAACAUCUCGUCGCAAGCCCGGCGGCCCUCGAAAAGCAGAAUUACUGUCGCCCUCAACCAAGGCCUUGGACACGCAGAAACUUACUCCUCACCAGCGGCAGGCGUGCUUGGACGCUUUUGCCUUAUUCUUCCCGGAUGCCUCCCCUGCUGAACUUCCUGAGAAGAAAAUUAUGAUGAAGGAUAUUCAGCGAGUUGCGGGCCUUCUCAAAGAGAAAAUCAAGGCAGAAGAGCUCAGCGGAAAGAUCUGUGACCUUGAUGGACUUUAG